GGCCCCGCCAUGUCCUACAACAAGAUCCCGCCGCGCUGGCUCCACUGCCCCAGGAGGGGACAGCCCGUGGCAGGAAAGUUUUUACCUUUGAAGACAAUGUUAGGACCAAGGUAUGAUGAACAGGUUGCUGAAGAAAAUCGUUUUCACCCGAGCAUGUUGUCCAACUACUUAAAGAGUCUAAAGGUUAAAAUGGGCUUGUUGGUAGACUUGACCAACACCACUAGAUUCUAUGACAGAAACGAUAUAGAGAAAGAGGGAAUUAAAUAUAUAAAGCUCCAAUGUAAAGGGCAUGGUGAGUGCCCUACACCUGAGAAUACAGAAACAUUUAUCCGUGUAUGCGAACACUUCAGUGAUAAGAAUCCUUCAGAGCUGAUAGGUGUCCAUUGUACACAUGGUUUCAAUAGAACUGGAUUUUUGAUCUGUGCCUUUUUGGUUGAAAAGUUGGAUUGGAGUAUUGAGGCUGCUGUGGCUACUUUUGCUCAGGCCAGACCUCCAGGUAUUUAUAAAGGUGACUAUUUGAAGGAAUUGUUUCGUCGUUACGGUGAUGAGGAUGAUGCACCAGCACCACCAGAGCUUCCAGAAUGGUGCUUUGACGACGAUGAAGAGGAGGAUGAUGAUAAUGGUAAAACUGGAGGCCCAGAAUCAGAACCUGGGUCAUCAAGCUCUUCCUUUGGCAAGAGGAGAAAAGAACGCCUAAAACUGGGUGCAAUUUUCUUGGAAGGAAUAACAGUUAAAUGUGUGACCCAGGUGACAACGCAGCCAAAAUUAGGAGGAAUUCAGCAAAAAUGUCAGCAGUUCUGUGGAUGGGAAGGGACUGGAUUCCCUGGAGCACAGCCUGUUUCCAUGGACAAGCAAAAUAUUAAAUUUUUGGAGCAGAAGCCAUACAAAGUUAGCUGGAAAGCAGACGGCACCCGGUACAUGAUGCUGAUUGAUGGCAAGAAUGAAGUUUAUAUGAUUGAUAGAGACAAUUCCAUUUUUCAUGUAUCCAACCUGGAAUUUCCAUUUCGUAAAGAUCUUCGCACACAUCUAUCAAACACUCUUCUAGAUGGGGAAAUGAUCAUCGACAAAGUUAAUGGACAGGUUGUCCCUCGGUACUUGAUAUAUGACAUUAUUAAGUUUAAUGGACAGCCUGUUGGAGACUGUGAUUUUAAUGUUCGACUUGCAUGUAUAGAGAAAGAGAUUAUAUUUCCACGACAUGAAAAGAUGAAAAGUGGUCUCAUUGACAAAGCACAGGAACCGUUCAGUGUUCGAAACAAACCAUUUUUUGACAUCUACACUUCCAGAAAGCUCCUGGAAGGAAACUUUGCCAGAGAAGUUAGCCAUGAAGUGGAUGGACUGAUAUUUCAGCCUACAGGAAAAUACAAGCCUGGUCGAUGUGAUGAUAUUUUGAAAUGGAAGCCACCCAGCCUGAACUCAGUUGAUUUUCGUCUAAAGAUAACAAGAAUUGGUGGAGAGGGGCUACUCACCCAGAAUGUUGGUCUUCUUUAUGUUGGAAACUUUGACAGACCUUUUGCACAAAUUAAGGUGACGAAAGAACUCAAACAGUAUGACAACAAAAUUAUAGAGUGCAAGUUUGAGAACAACAGCUGGGUCUUCAUGAGACAGAGGAUAGACAAAAGCUUUCCAAAUGCCUACAGCACCGCCAUGGCUGUCUGCAACAGCAUCCAGAAUCCAGUGACGAAGGAGAUGCUGUUUGAGUUCAUUGACAGAUGUGCAGCAGCUUCCCAAGGACAGACGCGGAAGCACCACCUUGAUCCUGACACUGAACUCAUGCCGCCCCCGCCGCCCAAAAGGCCUCGUACCAUAACAUAGGGCCUGGCCUCAGAGGAUCCUGUGUGUGUGCAGUUCUGCAGAAGGUGACAUGCAAGCGUGAAGGCUGGGAAAUGAGAGAUCUGAAUUGCUCUAAAUACUUGUGUGUGUUUUUUGAGUUUGGUUUUCGUUUUGUUUUUCUGAAUUCCACAUACAAAUGGACAUUGUUUUGUAACUGAUGAAUUCAACCUUACCUUAUGGUAUUUGAAGAGUAAAGUUCCAAAGGUUUAGACAAGAACCAAGUACAAUGAAGUCAGUGGAUAGCUGCCUUGUUUAUAUAUGGAUCUCUUUUCACCUUUAAUUUAUAAUGUCAACAGUCUGGAACUGAGGAAAUACUGGGAUACCGUACUUUUUAGGAGCUGUGUUCAAAAAAAGCAGAAGUGGUUUUUUUACUGUUGUUAUUAAACUGGCUGUGAUUGUCACCCAUAGUAUAACAGAUCAUAGUUUCCCUGCAUUUCUGAGAUUUGUGUUUAACAGCAAACAGCAAUGUUGUUUGUGUUCUCUGUUGAUUAAAAACUAAGCCGCCUUAGAUUACUCUAAUUUCGAAAGUAGCUGGGUUUUUGUUGUUGAAAUAUUAAAAAAGCGAAUUCUUCCUGUAAAUAGCAUCCCACAGAAACAAGGGAAUGUGCUGGAUGUUUGCUUUUUCCCCAUGUUUGAACCCAAUGCCAAAUGUAUAGUGGGCUGAUUUUAGCUUUGCCUUUUUAUCUGUAGAUCAGAAAUGUACCAAAUCCUUAGUAUUAAGGUCUCUGUUAAAGAGACUGUUUCUAGUACAGGGCUUAGUUCUCCACAGUGAUACCAUUGUAAAUACUACAAAAAAGUACACAUCACUGUGACAUGCAAGAGUAAUAAGCAGCGCUGAUAAUGAAGUUUUGCAUCCAGGCACAAAAUGUCAAAACAAAUUCCAGGCAACUCCUGUGUAAAGGAGAAGGUAGUAUCAGUGGAAGAGGGCCACAUCAGACAGAAGGUGUCCUGAUUUACAUAAUUGCAGGGCAAAAGCAAGUCAUUUUGGGGCGAUGGAUGAGUGUCCCAGGGAACAGGACACUCGUUUUAAAAGAUGGGGUUGGCUGUCCUGUGGCGCUGUGCUCAUCCUCUGGCUGACUUUCUUUCUUACAAAUGAAGAAGCACAUGAAUGCCCUAAUGGCUUUUGUUGCAGCGGACUGGCAGAUGUUCAUAAUAUUAGUUUUGAGAAGCUGCCGUCUGGCUGUCUAAGGGAGGAGUUGUUCUGAUCUGGGAUUAAUUGGAAACCAAAUGCAGAUUUUAAAGUUUACUGUCCAUUUAUCAAGCAGGGAUUGAAUUGGCUCUUUCUAUCAUUUACUUAGCGUGUGAGUCAUCCAUCCAUUCACUAGUCUGAUUAGUGAAGGUCAUUAAUUUGUUAUAACUAAAAUGCAUUUCUGUUUAAAUGAGUUUUCAUGUUUGUUUGUAAACAAAAUAUACUCCUGCAUUUUUUUUUUCUAUAUGAAAACUUUAUGACUUUGCUUUGUGGUGGCUUCUCUGGUUAUUUCAACCUGUUGUAUAAAUGCACACGGCAUCAUUUAGAUGGCGUUCCUGGUUUCUCUUUCUGGGAUAUUCCACAUGUGUUUUAGAGAACUGAAGGAGUUAUAUAUGUUACUUUUUAUACUAUGGUAAAAUUUGAGGGGAAAAAAUGCUUUCAUCAAAGUUCUUUUUUCAACUGUACAUAGUUUCUGCACAUUAUCUUUUGAAAAGAUUUAAUAUCACCUAUGCAAGGUUGCAAAAUGAUCUCUUAAAAAGAGCCUUAUUAAUUUGAUGUGAAAACCUAUGCAUCCUCUGUGCAUCUUGCAUUGAAACACAGUUAAUUAUUUCUUUGCUUGGUAUGAAUAAUUUCCCCCAGAUUAUACUUGUCAGUGAGAUUGUCAUAACAUACACUUUGUCACUGCUCUCCAUGGUUCAUGGCAAUUACAGUGGUAUGAUGAUUACAGCCUUCUCUGUGAGGUUAGGACAUUUCAUUUUUUUUAAGAAUGUGUCCAGGUUAUUUCUGUCUUUUUCCUUCCCAGCGCUCGCAUCUUGUAUUUCAGCAAGACCUGGCUUCUGAUUUACCUUUUACUUCAGAGCUGCAGCACUGCAAGCUGUCUUCCAUGUGCAUUCCACUAAGUCCAUGUAUGUGUUUUGGCCCUUGUAUUUUGACAAAUGUCUUUUUUCCCACUCUCAGUUUGAAAUGGAUAUUUUGAAAGAGUAAUGAUUCUGAGAAGGUAUGGAGCUCCACGCUCACAUUUGACUGUCGAACUUGUCUUGCACUGUGACCUGUAGUUUUUCAGAGAGGUCAAUCACCUUUACUUUUCUGUAAGGGGAGGCUCCUGGGGAAGGUUUGAAUGAAGGUGGUGAAAACAAAUGGACUUUCACUUGGACCAGAUGGGUUUAAUGCCAUGAGAAACGCAAACCUUCUUUCUCUGCUACCAGAUAUUCAAGAGAUUGAAGCUAAAAAGCAAAGAAGAGUCCGUGCCAGGAAAAUAAUGAUGAGGAUGAAAAACAAUACCCUAACUUGUCUACUCUUUGGUGUACAGCAUGAUUUCAUCCACUGUUUUGUCAUUUGUUAAAUAUAUAAUUAAAAUUUGGGUUCAGUGGAGUUUCCAGAA